AUGCAUCUCAACCUCACCCAUCUCCCCUCCCUUAUUCUCCCACUCAUUCUACUCUCUAUCUCCACACCUCUUCAUUUAUCGGCGGCAUCAUCCACUCCCACCUCAUUCACGCUGCGUCAAGUUCCUGCCACAAACGUCAGCCUGGAGUUCUUGGACCCUACCCUCCCCCCGGCCCUCCCCAAAGAGACCGCCCCCAAGUGCUCUGUCCUCGUCCUCCAGCGCGACUUCGCCGACACAGUCGGCUCGCCCCCCGCCACCGCCAACUACACCCAGCCUCCCGACUGCCCCGCCCCCUGGACCCGUGUCGUCCUCGAGCUCUCCCUAUCCGUAUCCAACGUCCAGAGGGACCGCGUCGCCGCCGUUUGGGUCAACGGUGCCGAGGUCCUCCGCACCACCACCCCCCUCUCCACCUCCCCUGCCGGCGCCUUCUGGAAAGUCCACAAAGAUGUCACCCGCUACACCACGCUCCUCCGCCACUACGGUGGCUCCGGCACCGUCACCAUGAGGCUGGAGAACUCCAACAUCGCCUCCUUCUCCGGCGUCUUCUCCGCCAACGUCUCCCUCCACUUCUACAGGGGCGCCGUCCCUGUUGCCCGCCCGGCAGCCAUCGGCACCGCCCAUCCGACCGUCAAAGGCCUGUACCGCGAGCCGGCCGACCUCAUCAUCCCCAUUACUUGUGAAAAAGACGCCGAGGGUGGCGGUUUCUGGCUCCUGGUCAACAACGACUCCCACGUACCCGCGGCGCCGGUCACCAUUCCAAGAAACACCUACCGCGCUGUGAUCGAGAUCUUCAGCUCCUACCACGCCGACGAUGAGUUCUGGUACACAAACCCCCUCCGAUCCUCCUUCCAGGGAGGGCUCGGCGCGUCUCGAGCCAAUGGAGGUUUUCGCCAGUUAUAUGCGACCAUCGACGGACAGUUCGUUGGCGGCCACAUUCCGUUCGCCGUUAUAUACCCUGGCUCGAUCAACCCCUACUUUUGGUCCCCGGUGACCGCCAUCGGCGCCUUCGACAUCCCAUCCUACGACCUCGACAUAACACCAUUCUUGGGGCUAUUGCUGGACGGGCAGCCACACGAAAUCGGGCUGGGUGUGAAGGAUAGCCAACCUUACUGGCUGCUGAGUGGAAACCUCCAUUUAUGGGUGGAUGCAUGGUCUGACGCAGUGGAAGCCGGCCUGGUGGAGUACACAUCACCGCCGCUCAAAAUUAACCGGCACGCCGAAUGGCGGAACCAGGACGGACAGUCGGAGGUGGACGCCGAGGGGCUGAUCCGGUUCUCCGGGUGGGUGAGCUCGUCGAAGGGGAACAUCACGACCACGGUGAGGCAGAAGGUGAAGUUCAAGAGCCAGGUGGAGGUCCAGAACCGGGGGGCAGUGAAACACGUGGAGAUGAUGAACAAGGAGAGGACGACGGUGGGGUUGGCCAAGGGGAACCAGGCGAUGGGGAGGGUGCAGCUCUUCAUCGAGGCGCCGCUCCAGGUGCAGACGUCGAGCGUGAACGCCGUCGGCGGGGCGGUGUUCCAGAGGACGAGGCUGUACCACCAGCUGCAGGAGGUUCUGAACUUGAAUGAGAACAUGGCGGUGAGCACCAGCUCGCUGACGGACCGGCAGGACGCCGAGGGGUCGGUGCUGAUGCACGACGGGGCGCCGCUCUGGGGGAGUGGGAGCCUGAGGUCGUCGUACAAGUACAGGGAUGAGAACACUUGCUAUCUCCGCACGGUGAAUGCCGCCGGCGGCGUGGUGAAGUUCGAUGUCGCCAGCCCUCAGUGCUCUGGGGUUGCCGUGGCUUAG